AUGCCGUGUCUGGAGAAUUGGUUCAUUCAAAUUCUUCACCAGAUUGACAAAAGCUCUUUUUCUUUGCCAAUUAGACCAUCUAUGUCGUCUGCAACCUCUGAUGCUGAUUAUGCCUUGUUUCAUUCUUUCUAUCAACAUUCUCUCAAAUCCCCACUUUUCUUUCUUUCUUUCUUUCUUUCUUUCUUUCUUUUAGUGUCCUAUUUCUUUCUUUCUUUCUUUCUUUUAGUGUCCUAUUUCUUUCUUUCUUUCUUUCUUUCUUUCUUUCUUUUUCUUCUCUUCUCUCUCAUUGACUAUUGUCUCUUUAUCCGAAUGCAACCGUUUACUCAAUUUAAACAUUAUCACUACCUCCAUUUUCUCUCUCUCUCUCUCUCUCUCUCUCUCUCUCUCUCUCUUUCGUCUAUCCCUUUCUUUCUUUUCGUCUAUCUCCUUCCUCACUUUAUAUAUCCUUUUAUCUUUCGCUCUCUCUCUCUCUCUCUCUCUCUCUCUCUAUCUAUCUAUCUAUCUAUCUAUCUCUUUGCCUUUUCAUUGUUUUUCGCUUUCUCUUCCAAGCGAAACAUUAUUACCUUUUCUCCGAUACCAACUCAAUGUCCUCCGACAAGCCAGACGAGAUUUAUAGGCGCCAUCUUUCAUGUUAUGCCUUUUAUCGCCAUCGUGUUAAAAGAAACGAAAAGAGGGUCGAACGCGGGGAGGAGUUGA